AUGCCUAUAAUAUGCUGGCCGCUAAGUGAGUACCGCGAGACUGAGUUCCGAGGCGCAGCACAUGAGCACCCAUACACCUUUGUUAAUAUUCCUGAUCGAAACCGACUAGACAAGGAGCCCAUGGUGCAGUGGGUUGGAGUGCGGGACGCUCAAACAAGAGGUCGCUGGUUCGAACCCCGGGCGGGGAUUGGGUUAAUUUGCCUCUACCUCUUCGAUCUCGGUUUGACUGAAUUCGAGCUGAGCAAGUACUCUGCCAGUAUCAGGUGCGCUGGUGCUCUCUACCUCGGUCGACGCCUCCUGCUGGACUCCGGCGACUUCACAGACAGUAGUCCAUCGCACCUAUCCUCCCCCUUGUCUGACCUGGAGUACCGAGAGACCAUAAAGAGGCCACCGCUUUGGAGUUUGAAACAGGCAGAACUGACGGGUCACCUGGAGGAUCAGAGGCUGCGGCGGGUGGCUUCAAUCUACGCAACUGCCCUAGCAAGACUACAGCGACAGUUUGCUGUCUCGCCCACAGGAGACGCCGCCCGGUUGACAGUCAACGUGCCUGAGGCUGCCUUCAUCAAGUACAGCAACCGGAACUAUGGGCGGGUAGCGCGACUGUCCCAGCUAAUGAACUUUCGGUACUCUAGACUCCUUGAAGAAUGGAGUCCGGACUGCUAG